AUGUGGACGUUUCUCCUGUCUCUUCUUCUGGCCGGUGCUGUAUCCGCGGCACCACUUUCGCCGUUUUUCAAUUAUCUCCCUCAUUAUGGCAACCCGGGACAGGGAACUAACGGUGUCUUCCCUGGCAUGCCAUCACAGCCUGGUAUAAAUGCUCCCAUCAGCAUGGAAAUCAUAUUUCCUCAGCGGUUCCCAAAUAAGGCAGCAGGGGGAGCAGGUGGCGCCCAGACGUUCUCUAGUCAAGGUUUCAUCAAGUACUCUCUCCCGAAAGCCCCAGGCCGGAAGAGUGUGGAAAUUAUCUUUCCCUUCGAGUACAUACCACAAACAGCUGCUCAACAGCCACCCAUGGUCCCACCAUUCCAGGAUGGCGCCCCGCAACCACAUGAUCCUCAGCAGCAACCCCAGCAGGAGCAUCAGGCUCAGACAGGACAGGUGCAGCCAUGA